UUUCUGCCAUGUAAAAAAAUAUAUAUAUAUUUAGCCAUGGAGCUUAGCAAAGGAGCAGCGGGUAGAAAUCGCUUAGAAAUGUUUCCCUGUGAGCUCAGAGCCAGGACACUGGAAGACCUGAAAAAUGAGAUUGAGAAGAGGCAGGCAAAAAAUGCCACCAAACACAUGGAGGAGAUUUCCCACCCGGACACGCUGACACAAGGGCAAGAAGAGAAGAGUCAGAAAUUGGAUGUGAAAAGCACCGUCAGCAGGUGUGGGAAAGUGACUUUCCAGCUGCCAGUGGAUGUUUCUCCAGAGCCAGAAGAGAGAGUCUGUCAUUUCUCAUGGAGGAACAGUGCUCUGAAGGAAACUCUGAAGAAGCUACAAGCCAUUGUGACCCUGGACCCUGACACAGCUCACCCCGACCUCAUCCUCUCCGAGGACUGUAAGAGCGUGAGACGUGGGGAAGGACGACAGGACCUGCCUGAUAACCCGGAGAGAUUUGACUACUGGCCCUUCGUGCUGGGAUGCCAGGGCUUUGCAGCGGGCCGGCAUUGCUGGGAGGUGGAGGUGGGGGACGGGGGGGACUGGGCUGUGGGGGUGGCCCGCGAGUCCAUCCGUCGGAAGGGGCAUCUCAGCCUCUGCCCCCAAGGAGGGAUCUGGGGGGUGGAGAAGUGGGGGGGACAAGUUCGGGCACUCACCACCCGCAAGGUGACCCUCCUACCCCUGCGCUGGGUGCCCCGGCGGGUCAGCAUCCACCUGGACUAUGCCGGAGGGACAGUGGCAUUCUUUGAUGCAGAUGAGGGGGGGCUCAUGUUCAUUUUUUCCCAUGCCUCUUUCACUGGGGAGAGGGUCCACCCGUGGCUCUGGGUGGUGGGAGCCAGGUCCCAGCUCAGGCUGUGUCCCUGAGACAUGGACAGUAGCAAACCACCCCACACACACACCCCCUCUCCUACUUUCUACAGCCUCAGGGGACAAUCACAAGUUGGGACCACAGGGAACCAAAGAAAUGGGGGCUUUAGCUUUUGUUUCCUUCUUCCCUGUGAAACUGGGGGUUUGAUGUGCAGGGAGAAGAGGUAAGCCUGAAAAAAAAAUGAGGCAAAGAGGGGGAAAAAAGCUGUGAAAAAGGGACCCUGGGGUAUAGAAAUGGGAAAUAUUGGGGAAAGGGGGAAAAUUCAGAGUGAGAGUAGUAG